AACGAUGAAAACAUAACACAGAAAUAUAUUUAGACAAUAGAAAUAAUUCGAUUUAGUAUUAUAGUUUUAACUUUUUGGGGAAAGUACCUGAUGUUCAACGUGACGUGUAGUAGAAAUAAAUAGUAUGUUAAAUACUCAAAUCCAGUAAUCACUACUUUAGAGGUAAACCGUUUUUAUGCGAUUAUGGACAUUUCCAAAAGAUGUAGCUGCAGCUGCUGCGACCAAUGUAUGCAACACCCAACAUUCCAUACAAUCCAAAAAUUGUGCAACAUCAAGUGCUUAGAUCACUUAACUACACUAGAUAUAAGUUCUAGUAGUAUCUGUGAAGUACCUGAAUUUAUCGGGAAUCUUAUAAAUUUGGUUAAACUUGAUUUAUCGUCAAAUGAAUUGAAAACGCUGCCAUUAUCACUUAUCAAAUGUCAACACUUAACAGAUCUCAUUUUGUCAUAUAAUCAAUUUUCACAAGUUCCCCAAUGUUUAAUUGAUGGAGUGCACUCUUUAAAAACACUUGAUUUAUCUCACAACCAGCUUGUAGAUAUCAGCAUAAAACCAUUUAGUAUUCAACAGUUACUAACAUUAAAUGUCAGUAACAAUUCAAAACUGAAUACUCUUCCACAAUGGUUAUGGUCAAUUGAAUGUAAUUCAUUAGAAUCAUUGGAUAUAUCGUUUACAAAUUGUCUAGAUAAUAUUGCUGUAGAUCCUUACCUAAACAUGUAUGGUAUUAGUAAUCACCUAAAGUAUUUGUAUUUAUCCAAUACAAAUUCUGAUAUUCGCAAGAUAGAAUUUAUCAAAAAUUUAAAAAAUCUAAGAAAUGUUGUUUUAGAUAACAAAGAUACAAAGAUUAGAAAUUGUCGUAAUUACUAUCAUGAUGUACCACUAGUGUUUAAUUAUCGAUUUAAAUUUAUUGAUUCUUUAAGUAUGAUCGAUGUUGAUUUAUCAACUAUUGGAAGUUGUGUAUAUUUCAGUUUUCCAAGUAUACGGUUUUUGAAUUUAUCCAAUAAUUCUAUUGUAUUACUACCAGAUUCAUUUAGUGAAUUGAUAAACUUAGAAGUCUGUGAUGUUUCAAAUAAUCAAAUUUUAUCAAUUCCUGAAAGUUUUAAAAGCUUGAAAAAUUUGAAAAGUUUGAUAUUAAAUAAUAAUUGGUUAUCAACAUUUCCAGAAAUUAUUGAAGACCUAUUAAACCUAGAAAUUUUGGAUUUAUAUACUAAUAAAUUAACUAUAUGUCCAUCGUGGAACUCAAACUCUAAUAUAAAAUUACUUGAUUUAGAACAAAAUGCAUUUUCUACUGAAACUAAUAUUGAUAUAAACACUAAAGCCAAUUAUUCAAAUUUGUUAAAAAAUCUGCGCUCAUCAAUUGCUGAAAAUCGUGUUAUAGGACCUUUAUGUUUUGAAGAACCUAAUGAUGCAGUAUCUGAAACAGACAGUUCAAGUAGUCAUUGGUCAAAUCUCAGUGAUUCUGAACACAGUGAUCAUGAACUAGUAAAUAUAAGGGAAGUCCAAGAUAAUACUUGUUGUACACCAGAAGAAUUUUGGGACUGUGAUGUCUAUGAAUUUACAACUGACUUAUUUGAUCCAAAAAGUUUUGAAUUGAUUUUAAUGAAAGAAUUAACAACUUUAGAAAAAUCGUUAUAUGUUGAUGAAAAUAUUGUCCGUAAUGUUCGUUUAGCUAAUGAACAUUAUUUUUGCCCUAAUGAUGAAUUACCUAAAUCGUUGUGAACUAGAACUUAAUUGUUAAAUAUAAUUUGUAAGUGUUUUUUUUUUUUCAACAUAAUCCAUUUAGUCUAAUCAUGCACAUAU